CGCAAAUGUAUGAGACGAAGGAAAACUUAAUAUGAUUCUUUGAAUGAAUACACUCAUAAAGAUGCUGAAAAACUCUAUUUGCUGUUUUGUGAAACAAGAGAGUAAAUUGUCUUAAUAUUUAAAAGUAACAGCUUACAACAAAGAAUGCAUUUCUUUAUUAAUUUUCUUUUGAUAAACUUCGUUUAUGCAGCCCAUGAUUUUUCAUCGAUCAAACCCAAAGGUCUGUACACAGCUGAAGAACAUAUUCAUUCGCAUGAGAUCAUAUUUCCACGUAAGGUAACGCAUCUUGGCCAUCUAAUCUCUCCCAACGUGACCCAUCUAUCAGAUGGUGAAUUACAUGGCCUCUCUGCAGAAAUGGAGGAUCUAUAUUAUGACCUAACAAUGGGUGGCAAUAAGUAUCAGUUGAAGUUAGCACCAGCCAACAGCUUUAUUGGGAGAUCUAUGAUUGUGGAACGGCAUAAACGAGAAAUACGUCAUCGUAGUGCAUUUAAAAAUCAUACGACUAAAUGUCAUUAUCGAGGCAUUAUUCAAAACCAGCCGAAUUCCAGAGUUGUUUUGUCCACCUGCGAUGGUUUGCUUUUAGAUAAUGAUGUAAUUUGGCAGAAACCAAGAGAUUUAUAG